AUGCUCCAUCUGGUCCCCUUUGAGUCAAAGAAUGCUCCCUACCUAACUCUUUCCCACCGCAGCAUUCUCAACAAGCUCACACCUGAGAUCAUUCUCAACAAGCUCACACCUGAGAUGUUCGAAUCGCUCUUCCAGCAGCUCCUGACAGCUGGCAUCAACACACCUGAGAUCCUCCAGGAGGUAAUUCUAUUAAUUUUUACCAAGGCAGUAGACGAACCCACCUUCUGCCCCAUGUACGCUGCCCUUUGCGAAAAACUUUCGCGAGCGCUGCCUGAGUUUCCGCCAUCCAAUGGGGCAGGCGGCGGUGGGGAAGAAGGCUCAGGGGCAGGAGGGGGUGAGCCGAUCUCCUUCCGCCGUGUGCUGCUGGGCACGUGUCAGGAGGAGUUUGAACGCGCUGCUAAGCAGAGGCUUCAGGAGGAGUUUGAACGCGCUGCCAAGCUGAGGCUCCAGUGGCUUGAGGAACCCGUGGUGCUGGGCGCGUGUCAGGAGGAGUUUGAACGCGCUGCGAAGCGGAGGAGACUGCAGAUGGGUGGGUGGGACCAGUAA